CUAGCUGUUUGCGGCCCAAACAAUCUGACACGUAAAGACCUCGCGAAUCUUGACGCCCCCUGCUGCCCCAUGGCUGGAGUAGAAGAGGAAAAGGUUGAGGUCGAGAAGGUGGAAGAGAAGAUUGAAGAGAAGAAAGAGGAGGUCGAACAGAAGGCUGAGGCUGAGGCAGAAGCUGAAAAAGUCGAGAAAGCUGAGGAGGAAAAGGAGGAAAAGGAGGAAAAGGUCGAGGAAAAAGCCAAAGAACCUGAGGAGCCAAAAGAGCUCGAGGCCGAUGCAAAGCCUUUGAGCGGCCCCAAGGUCAAGGGUUGUGCCUUGAACUUCGAAGACUCGACGCUGAAUGUGAUGCCAUCCGGAAGACUUUUGAGGACACUCUCGGAAGGAGGUAUGGGCUUCCUGCUCGCUUCAGUGCGAGCCAACACAGGCGUGAAGUCCGGGCGGUACAUGUUCGAAGCGCGCAUCGUGGAACAACUUCCAGUCCAAGAGGCUCAUGGUGCUCGAGUGCCACAGCCCAAGCACCUGCUCCGAAUAGGUUUCACCCUGGAAGGUAGCUCCCUCUUUUUGGCCGAUGGCACAGACAACGUGUGCUUCGAUAGCGAGGGCUUCUACACCUUCGGCAAAACGCGCACCAAGACGGGGCAGAAGUUCGUCCGCGACCAGACCGUUGCGUUGCUCGUAAAUUUGGAGGAAGGCUCGCCCAACCAAAACACCGUGUCGUUGUUCGUGAACGGCGCGCGGGCCUCCAAACCCCAGAAGAUUCCAGAGAAUAUGUGCGGCAAGGCGCUGUUCCCCACGAUCACCUACAGGAGCAUUUCGUUGGAAGUGAACCUGGGCCCGGUGCCCCGCAAAGCGUUGCCCUUCAGCUGUCACAUGAUCAGCUCGGCCACCCAAGCUGACACGGUGCAGAAUGUCAGCAAGAAGGGCAAGAAGGAAUGCAUCUUUCCGGUGGGACUUCCCGAGCAGGGCUUCUUCGAUUGGUUGGACGAGUUCCUGGAGAAAAAUCCGGGAUUCGUGGAGCUCUCGGACCGAAAACUCAUCGAGUGGGCCUUCAAGAGCGGCUUGGGACGACCCAAAAAAGGCGGCUCCAACGACAAGCCAGACAUGACCUUCAGCAAUCCCAUGCUGGACGACGGCUCCUUGAAGCGCGUGAUGCAGGCCAUCGCUCCGGCGCUGCAGCGAAGCUUCGUGAUCCCGGAGCUCAAGAGCAACCUGGUCCCUGCGGAGCGCGCUGGGGCGCUGGCGAAGUACUUGGCGCAGGAUUUCACCCGCAAGGCCAUUGUGGUGAUGGGUGAACCGCCCAAGGGGUACAAGGAGAGGAUUCAAGCGAUGAUGCUUGCUGAGAAGACGACUAAGGCUGAGCUUGAAAGGACGAAGAAAGAGAAAGAAGACGAGCGCAAGAGGCUGUUGGAACUCCGGGCCAAGAAGGCACAAGAGGCCAAAAACGCCAAGAAGGGCAAGGAUGCCAAAGAGACUGAAGAAGCCAAGGAAGAAGAACCGAAGGCAGAGGAGGAUGUGAAGAUGGAGGAACCCGCGAAGGUCGAAUUGACCGAGGAGGAGAAGGCCCUGCUGUACCGCCCCAUGGAGCUACCUGACCUGAGCGAACGUGAACUGUCCAAGAGCUACGCUUCCUUCUCUUUGCCCAGCAAGGAGGAAGGCUUCGACGACAUCAGCUAUGCCUGGCAAUCCGAGGACUCCUGCAGCGCUCUGUUGAAGUCCUGGAUCCUGCAGAAGAAGUUGACGCAGCGCGCCGAGGACCUACAGCCGGGAGCAGAGUUCAAGGAGGCGUAUCCCAAGUGGCAAAAGACCUUGCAGGAGUGGCGCAAGGCGCAGGCAGAAUAUCGAGAUCCCAACAAACGAAAGGCAGCGCAGGCCAAGAAAGCCGAGGCGGAAAAGAAGAAGUUGGAGGAGGAGAAGAAGAAGCUGCUGGAGGCGGGCGACGAAGACGCCGCCAAGGCACUGGAGGAAGCCGCCAAGGAGAAGGCCGCGCCCAUGGAGAUCGAUUUCGAAGACCUGGACGUCAUGGGCGUCCAGGAUAUCACGGAUCUGGGCAAUGGCAUGCCGCUUUUUGAGAAGUUCCAGUACGAAGACUGGACCUUGUUGGCCACCCGUUACGAGCUGCACCUGCUGCUGCAUUCCUUCAAGAAGGACCUCAACGACGCGGACCGACCCAGUUUUGGAGAGAAGCACUUGAGUUACUACUACUCCAAGUACUUCAAGAAGGCCUGGAAUUUCAGCCAGUUCGGUCUGGAGAAGUUUGAAGAUCUCUUGGAUGUGAUCCGUGACACCGUCAGCAUGGGGGAGCAAGACUUCAUGAAGGCAGAAAAGCCUGAGGAUACACCACUUGAGGACUUUGUGAAGAUGACCGAGGAAGCCAAAGGAAACCCCAAGGGAGGAAACAAAGGUUCCACCGCACCCAGCACUGGCCGCACCGGUUACGGUGGCUAUGGCGGUGGCAGCUACAACAGCGGGAACAGCGGCGGCGGCGGCGGCUAUGGCGGAGGCAACUAUUCGUCCCAAAAGAGGGCAUAUGCUCCAUCUUCCGGGAACUAUCCGGCAGCUGGGGCUCUCAGUGAACUGCUCUCAGCACAGGCGAAGCAGCCCCGAACUUCCUAUGGCACCUAUGGCAAUGGUGGCGCACGUGGAGGCAGCGACCAUGGAAAACCCGUGCCCGGCAGCAUUUUGCUUGGUAUGGAGGAAAGCCACCUGCCGCAGCUGCCUCAACUGCCGCUGCCUCAAGUGCCGCAGGUGGUUUCUCCAUGCGACAGACUCGCCGCGCCGGACGUCGCGGACGUUGACGACGCGGGUGAUGUCAGAGAGGGCGCAGGCGACGGCCAGACGCUUCCGAGCACAGCAGCUCAGGAGUGCGCAGAGAUCGAGGAGAACACAGAGGUCUUGCAGAGCUUGAAACUUGAUUUGGAUCCCCCCGCAGUGCCGAGCCUGGACGAAAAUUGCCAUGACUUGGAUGUUCCCUCCGAAGUGCCCUUCAUGCUUCGGGAAGACAUCGUUUCAGCGCCGAUUUCGCAGGCGCCGAUUUCGCAGCUCUUCGAUUCCAGUGCCCAAGUCGUUUCGACUGUUCCAUUUUACUCGGAUUUUUUCGGCUCAAGCCCCACAAAACUGAAGUCUUCCAUCGUAGCAGAUCCGCGCUGUGAAAUCGCCAUGAACCGCUUUCUGUCGUUCUGUGUCACCGCCGCUCUCCUGGCUGCGGCAGAGGAUUGUGAGAAUGAUGAACUUCAGCUUCUUCAAGUGCAUGACAAGUUCCCAGAUUGGUCGAAGAUUCUGGAGGCAGGUGCUGCAGCAGGUGCAGAUGCCAUGAGUGGAGGCAUUGGCAAAGUGACCUCGCAGAUCGGCAAUGCCAUCACUGACUUGGACAGUCAGGUGAUGCAGGCUGAGGGUCGCUUCAACGCUUCUCUCAGCAAGUUCAAUCAGGCCUUGAAUGCAACCACCACCGUGAGUCAAAAUUUGACCGCGUUCAAGACCUUGAUCAGCACCACGCUGGAAAGGUAUGUGCCCUUCUACAGCUCAGCCAUGGAACAGGUGCAGAUCGCUGUUAAGACCACCCAAGCAGUUGCAGGGAUGAUGGGGCAGAAGGAUCUGAUUGACAAGUUGGAGGAUCUGAAUCAGACAGUCGUGGAGAAGUUCGGUGACUUGGCCGAGUCCUCGGAGGCGCUGGCCUCGGAGGUCACGGAAACGACCCACGAGAAAUACGGCGACAUCGUGGAGGACGUGAAGGGCAAACUGGACUCAAUCGUAGAUACCACAGGCAGCUUUCGGAAAAGCUUCAACCAACGGCUGGAGGCCUUGACCCAAUCUCUAGAGGGCCCACUGAAAAUGGCGUUAGGCAGCGAGGGUAGCGCUGAGAUCCUGAGCCUCAAGACCAAGGCCCAGAAAAUGGUCAUGAACUUGGACUCUUUUGCUCAGAUUGUCAAGAUGGGAUUGGCCAGCGCAGCAGAUGGCGUCGAUACACAGGUGGCGAAUGUCAAGAAGAAGGUCACCCAGUCUCAGCCCGCCGGAGUCGAGACGGCCAGGACCUUGGUGGAGCAGCGACGUGUGGACACGGCCCUGCGAGGACUUCCAAGUGGCAAGUACGGUGCGGAGGGCGCAUUGCUACGGUUGAAGUGCUUCAUCCAGCUGAGGAAAUUUGCAGAUGCUGCGAAGGAAUGCGAGACUGAAGAACUGAAGGAUAGCUUCGAGGCGCAGCUCUUCCUGGCACAGGCGCCAUAUUUGCUCCGGGCAGACGGCUUCGGGGCGCUGCGGAAGCUGCAGGAGUUGUCGGAAGCGUGGCGGAAGAAAGGUCCAGAGAGCAUGGAUCUUCGAUUGAAACUGCUGCAGGUCUUCUCUCAGCUGAGUCUCCAGGUAGGCCAUGGACAUGUGGGCCUGGCAGCUCUCCAAAGGGCGCUGGAUGGAGGUGACGGGGCAAAGCGCCAGCUGUGGUCCUUGCUAGGUCGACACCACUUGAGCUGGGGCAAUCUCACUGCUGCCAAAGACGCCUUCGAGACCGCGCGGAGUUUGGGACCGGCCCAGGAAGCCAGCUUGUUCCUCAAUGAAGGCUUGUUGGCUAUGGCCCAGGGCGAUUACGCCCAUGCCAGGGGCUUCUUUGAAUCCGCCACUGCGGCGUCCGACCCAGAGGAGGCCUUGGCGGCUGAAAAUAACCUGGCCGUCUGCAAGUUCUAUACCAAGGACCUGCCGGGAGCUUGCCGGCGGCUCGAGGCGCUUGUGAAGCAAGACGCCCUGCGCUUUCUGAAGCCCUGUCUCUUGCAGAACUUGGUCUCGCUCUACGAGUUCUCCCAGGAAGCGGCCCUGAAGCGCCAAGAGCUACACGCCUUGGCGAAAACGGGGCUGAUCUUAGGGCAGCUGGGCUGCCCCAAAUUCAUCGAGCCUGCGGGCUUGGGUCUCCCCGAGGGGAAGGAGCUGCUGGAGUGUCACAUGUACGACAGCUCCUUGCAGCCGCAAGGCAAGGCAAUCUGGGAGACCAUAGCCCGAGGUGAGAAGGCCCAUGGCCAAUGGUUGACAGCUACCCUGGUGGCGGUCGAGGAUGAGCACCUCAAAUGGUGGCUGGACACAGGACCGGGGAGCACCCAACGCAGGGAGUUUUUCCUGCACAUCUGCAAUGGGGAGGUCAAGAGCUGCAAGGGCAUUCAUGCCAAGGACCCCUUCUCAUUCCACACUGAUUGUGGUCGGCUGUUGGAGAUUUCUGACAUACAAAAUCGUCGGGCCGCUUGGUGGCAGUCUGGAGUUGCAAAGAAGGACUUUGAGGGUUUCAGAAAGACCCUGCUUGAUGCCAACAAAAAGGGGGUGCGCCCUGGUAGCCCUGUGGACGAUGGUGAAGUUUUUGAUUUAGAGGUCCCAGAGCCAGAGGGUGGCGCUGCCGAUCGCGAAGGUCUUGGAGGUCGCGAUGAAGAUGUGAGAGAUGAGCUUGAUCGGCUCAGAAGGGACGUGAACCAAGACCGGAAAAAGGAUACGAGGGUUGCACGCCAAAGAUCUCCGCGGAGAGGCAAGGGAACGGAGGCCAAGCUCCCAGCAAAGAAGCCUCGCAGAUCAAGGACUGUGUCAAGGAGCAAGGAGAAGAAGGACAAGACAGCAGGCGCCAAAGAGAGGAUUUGGUUUGGGCAGAAGGUGAAGCCCGUCAGGAGAGAUUCCUCUUCGUCGAGGAGGUCACGGUCCAGAAAGCGACAGAAGGACAGGAAGCGUUCCAGGAGCAGUUCUGGUGAUUCACAUGACCGUGGCCGCAAGAGGAGAAGAAAGAAGGAGCGUGACCGUGGUCCCUAUGGCUGUGGGGCCGCAAUUGACUUCGACCGUGAACAGGAGGAGGAGUCGGAUUCAAUGUCCGGGGAAGAGGGUUUUCAGAGGGCGGGCUCGGACCGGAGGAGCCACCAGCUGCGGCUGGUAGAGUACUCCCAGAGGAGGCCAGGUCGCUUGACGAGCCGGCUGUUGACGAAGAUGCGACAGCUGCUCGCGAGGGACGCCGGGUCCGCCAUCAACUUCGCCUCGAACCCAGACAUGACUCCCUCAACAUCGACAAGCUACCUGCUGACGGUCAUGAUCCCAACCUACAAGGAGAAGUUGGGAGUAAGGCUCCUUCGAGAGCUUCGGACGGUGACUGCCGCCCUGGACAACAUAGCAGCAGGGCAAGGAGCCGUCGCGGCGGACAUCCUGAGUCAGCGUCUCAAGGCAUUGGAGCUCCAGCUGAACGACAACGGCUGGCAUCGGGCUCAGUACCUCGAGCUGAUAGCUCCGGAGGGGGCAGGCUUAGCCGAGCAGGACGAACAGCGGAUGGCAGCCCGCGAGCAAGCUCUGGAAGCCAAGAUGCAGCUGCAGUCAAGACCAAGAACCCCGUGGACAGCAGAGGGGAAAGGCAAAGGCGAAGGCGUCGGAAAGGGUCGAGGAAAGAAAGGGGGCAAACGCGGCAAGUGGACGAGCCCCGAGCAGGUUGACGUGAUUGCAGAUGUGGACUCUGGGGAGGAAGUUCUGGAGUCAGCUCUGCGGAGCAGGAUCACAGUCACGCGUGACGGCCCUGUGGCACUGGUUGACUGGCAGAAGUCAUUGUCAGAGGCUUUCAAGUCAGGCAGGAAAACCUUCGCGGAUUUUGGGGCCCUGAUCCUCCACAGCCUUAGCACGCUGGAUACGCCAUUGGGCGACUUCACCAGGCGUUUUUGUCAUCACAUGCAGCCGCCACCGACCGACGAGGUCCCAUACGCCAGAAAGGGGGAUCUACUACCGGUACAUCCAACGUGCAUCAAAGUGGGGGAAAAUGGAGUCACGGAUGCCAACUUGGAGUGGACGCAGUUGAUGUUCACCCUCAUCGAUUACAACUACUGUACAGCUUGGACCAAGCCCAUCUGCGUUCCAAUGGACAGCAAGUUGUCACCCAAUCAGGCCCUGGCAGUGGCUGAAGUAGCUCGCACGGUUGACUCCAACAUCAUCAGUGCAGAUGAGGUGCCAACUCUGGGAGAAGCCAGGGCCUCCUUGCAGAGCAAAAAGUAUGACUAUGCGGGAAACCCUGUGGAAUAUAUGCAAGAAUUGAAGGCAGAGAAGGUUUUCCCUACAUGGCCGCGGCCAGGUGAAGCAGGGGUCAGAUGCAUAACAGACCUACUGGAAGGAGAGGUGAAGGAGGCGAUGAUGGACCCUCAUCAGUGGGUGUUGCCUUGGGACAAGCAGCCCCUCACCUCGAAGCGUUCCAUUGUCAGGGCAACUGACAGUGAAUGGGAAAAGAUCUGCACAGAGGGGUACAAGAGGGGCCUCUUCUGUAUGGUGGAUGAUGCAGAUGUCCCGAAAGAUCGUUCAGGGCACCUGGUGGUCAACGGGGCCGGAGGUGUCACGAAGGUCAAGGUUAUCAAUGGAAAGGAAGUGACCCUCCAGAGAUUUAUCUCAGUGCUUAUUCCCACGAAUGAAAUGAUGAUGGAACUCCCGGGGGCACAGGACACCCUGCCCUAUGUCGGUCAACUCACUGCGUUGCACCUUGCCCCUGAUGAGGAUUUAUAUUUGGAGUCGGAGAACCUGCAGAGCGCCUUCAACUUGUUCAGGGUGCCGCCCUGCUGGAGCCCCUUUUUCGCCUAUGCCCGUAAGGUGCAUGGUCGAGCUUUUGGCCGCCCAGACUUGGACAAGGUCAGACCAGCACUCUGUGUAGUGCCAAUGGGGUGGAAGUCCGCAGUGACGCUGGUUCAGUUCGCCGUGCGGCAACUGGUGUUUGGGCUUGCCAAAAUCCCGCGCUCCACCUCCCUGGAAAAAGGUCUGCCCAUCCCAGAGGGCAAUCACCUGACGGUGGUCUACCUGGACAACAUGGACGAGAUCCGCAUUGUCAAGCGGCUCAGCGAGGAACUUGAGAAGGUCGGUUCAGAGCCAACUGACACUCAUGCUCGCUUCAAUGCUGCCUGUGACGAAUUGGGCUUGGCCAGAAACAGUGCUAAGCAGCUGAUCAAGGCAAUGAGCGGCGGAAUCCAAGGUGGAGAACUUGAUGGAAAGCAGGGAAUCAUCAAGGUAAGCAGGGAUAAGCUGCACAAUUUCAUUGCCAUCAGCUUGGCGCUGGUCACUUCCCCCGUGGUGUCGGAGUUUCAGAUCAGGCACUGGAUUGGGAAGGCAGCGUUUACGGCCGCUUUCAGACGCCCUCUUUUUGCGGUGCUUCAGGAGGUCUUUGUCCUGAUGGAGAAGUGCAGAACAAGAGGCCAGGCCUUGAGCCGCGAAGUGGUCGACGAGAUCCUGUGCUUCAUGGGGUUGGCCACACAAGCGCAGAGCGAGCUUAGGUCGGAGGUUUCGCCCAUCAUCUCCUGCACCGAUGCAUCACCCUCCGGCGGGGGAGCCGCCAUUGCCACAAAGUUCAAGAACAAGAGUUUGGUGGUCCCGGAGGAGUUGGAGAAGAAGGAGCAAUGCGGGUGCUGCGGCACAGAUUUCAGGGAGAUGGAUCCAAUGCGCAGAAUCUACGUCUGCCCCAGAAAAUGCGGUGAGCGCUUCUGCUCAGCCCUUUGUGUUUCGGACCACACAUCUGAAGCUUGUGUGCGAUCCGACUUCUUUGCUCCCAAGUUUGGAGAACGCUUCAGCGGGCCACGGUAUCCACUUACAAAGGCCUGCGGGCUGGCGGGGAUUGCGAUCCAGAAACCGCUCGAUAAGCUGGUACCGGGUGAUGCUUGGGACUUCUUGACGGAGGCUGGGAAAGAACGACUCGCUGCUGUAGAGGCAGAUGAGGCACUCAAGGCCGAACACUGGGGGCCGGAGUGUCGCACUUUCUCGCGCGCGAGAGGAAGAUGGAUCCAACUCCCAGAUGGAACCUGGAUACAAGGCCCCCGACAAGUGCGCAGUUCAGACGAACCGUGGGGUUUCGAGGAGCUCAGUCGAGGGGACGCAAUUGCUGUGAGGCAAGGAAACUCCUACAUGAAGCGUUCCAUAAAGGGGUUGCAGAACAGGCACAAAGCAGGUGGUGUGGCCUCGCUUGAACACCCCUACAACAGUUUUGUGUGGGAUACAGAUGAGAUUGAGGAGUUGCGCCUGACAGGUGAUUGGUUCCUGACAGUUUACAGCCACUGCUGUUUUGGAGGCCAGAGGGUGAAGUGGACACAUCUGCUGCACAACUCACCCUACUUGCACAGGGCCCUGCACAAGCCGGACUGCCCAGGGCAUGUUGGCCUCAAAGGGUAUCAGGUGAGGUGGAACUCGAACGGGCAGCUCAAUUUUGACACAUCGGUUGAGGCCGAGUAUCCAUGGGGCUUUUGCGUGACCUAUGCUCACGCAUUGGCAGAGCACCUUCGGGCUGUGACGCCAGCACCUGUGGGUUCCUACCCACACACCCUUGAGUCCCUGGUGUACACCCAAGUGCGAGGUGCUACCAAGGGGCUUCAGAAUGAAGGCCACGUCAACAAGGUGGUGGACGCGGUUUGCGACACCCUGGAAAACAUGACAGAAGGCAACGAGGAUGAGCAUUUGAAGUGGCUCCUCCGCCAGGUAGGGCUUCGGGGCACAGAUGUCAGGCUCACAGUCCCUGAAGAGCAGAUCUCCAAGGAGGUUGUCCACCCCUAUCCAGCGUUCCGCUGGUUGUGGCGCACGGUGAUGAGCUACAAAUGGUCAACACAUCAGCACAUUAAUGUGCUUGAGCUCACAGCAGUUUUGACAGAGUUCAGGCGCCGGCUUCGUGACACAGAUCACAUCAACAAGCGCAUCCUGAAUGUGGUGGACUCCCUCGUGACCUAUUUUGCAGUGACAAAAGGAAGGUCAGGCAGCAAAAGGCUCAACCGAACCCUUAGACGGAUCAUGGCCCUCAAUCUGGCCAGCAAGUCGGUGCUUAUAUCCCUUUGGACGCUCAGCAAAUGGAACUAUGCAGAUGCCGCCUCGCGGCGGUUUGAGUGA